AUUACGUUUUGUUUGUAAACAAAGUCUUCGUUUGUUUUGACAUUUGUCUCAAUGUUUGCCACAAAUUGUCUCCAAUUAUGAGUCCAUUGAAGACAUUAGUGGCGAAGUGUUGGCCAACUCUGCGGACCAACCGCUGAGAUCUACUCAUCACUGAACGGUUGAUGGCACUGAUGGACAGUGUGUCGGAAGUACAGCCGAAAACUCUGGACUCUUGCGGCGGACAACACGUGACGGACAGGUAUUCAGCGGCAGUUCCCGGCGUCGCCCACGACAGGGAUCGCAUACCACGUGUCGGGGCCACCACUACAACGCCUUUCGCUCGCUACCGGCGCCGACACACCGAACACCCACUCCUUAAAGUGGUUCUCACGAAGCGAUUGAAACGCCUGUCGGACCGACAGCUACGGCGCCGACGACAGGACUCGUCCUCCGAGUCGGACGAAGACUCCGAAAACGACGACACCGAAGACGACACGACACUAUCGUCCGCCGAUAGGGAACAGCGGCUCCGACAACUGGAGGAGCGGUUGAGUCGGGCGGAGAUGAAGGUCCGGAAGGCCGUCGAGAGGGCCGACAUGUGGCGGGCGAUCGCAGCCUAUAGGAACAGGAAAGCCAAAGAAUCGGAGGCCGAGUGGGCGCGCCUACGGGCGGCGCUGGACGCCAUGGCCACCCCUCCUCCCACACCGACCCCUCAGCCAAGCGGUGGACAUAACCCGCGCUAAACAUUGCGUCCGUUUUGCUGAUUAUUUGCCGCAAACAACGUCUCAUUCGUUCAUUAAAUGCUUAGAAAAUGGUUUUUAUUAUCAAAAA